UUUAACUAGAUAGUAGAUAUGUCGGAUAUUGUUAGACGGUUGAACGUGAGUCGGAGAUCUCUGAGUAAGGUUGUUUCUUCCAAGAGGAAACUCGAUGAAACAAGGGACCUAAGUCCUCCCAGAGCCACAUUAAGUUCUUCAUCACAGUCGAAAUCUCUGGGCGGGUCUCCUAUUCUCUCCAGGAAGGUUCAGAACACAACCCGGAGCCCGAAUGCAUCCCAUCUCUUGGAUCAGGACAAUUCGUUAUUUAACGAUCAUAUCAAGGAUAUCCUACUCCAGGCUGAGGAAACUACUGGACAAGGUUCAGACUUGAAGGAAAACCGUCUCCAGGAUAAAGAAACUCCUAGAAAAGACCUAUUCUCAGAUGACUCGGAGGAUAUAUUUGCAAACAGUGAUGAUGAUUCACUCUUUACAACCCCAAAUAUCGCUCAUAUGAAAACUCCUGGUUCUGGGGGAUCAAAGACUCCUCAAAACAGAAUUCCAAAAAUCGCGCAUUCAAGUACUCCUGUUACAAUUACUUCAAAUAGCUCAAGAACUCCUUGCCGAAGAGGUUCAAGACUCCAACUUUUAAGUACUCCUAGCUCUUAUUGCUCUGAAACAUCCAGAAACCGAACCCCUGGAACUCAAAAAUCCACCAAGGACAAUAAUUGCAGAGAAGGUUUGAGAAGUUCUUUACCAAAGUCAGGCAUAAUUUCACCUGAGGUUCCUAUGCAGAAAACUCAAAACACUCUCGGAAGCAGCGGGGACUCGCAAGAUUCUCAAUUAAUCUCUUCUCUGCCUCUCUCAGUCCUGGACAUUAGAAAACGAGUACUAGAGGAACCGUUAACUCCUAAACCUGUUCAGAAAAUUACCGCGGGUAAUCCUGAACCUCAGUUUGCCAAUGUAAACCUUGUAUCGGAGAACUGUGACCGGGGUCCGUUCUUCGGUCUCCCUGACCGGGUUCGGGAGCUCUACAGAGAACUCAAGGGUAUUUCGGAGCUGUUCCCCUGGCAGUCGAAGUGUUUACUCUCCGGAGCAGUUCAGAGUAAAUUAAACCUUCUCUACUCUCUACCCACUAGUGGUGGGAAAACUUUAGUUGCGGAGAUAAUUAUGCUUCAGGAACUGCUCUGCUACCGUAAGAACUGUAUAUUUGUUCUCCCGUAUGUUAGCUUAGUCCAGGAGAAGAUCAGGUCCUUGGCUCCCUUUGCGUUGGAGCUAGGAUUCUAUCUGGAGGAGUAUGCAGGGUCUAGAGGCAGGUUUCCUCCGGUAAAACGAAGACACAAGAACUCCUUGUUUGUCUGCACUAUAGAGAAGGCCCACGCUCUCUUUAACUCCCUGGUUGUGGAUAACCGUCUUGACGAGGUCGGUCUUGUCGUUGUCGACGAGGUUCAUAUGCUCGGAGAAGAUACACGCGGAGCAAACCUAGAAUCCUUCCUGGCUAAACUCAAAUACUUGAACGGGACCUUGAGCACUAAGAUCCAGAUAAUCUCGAUGAGCGCGACGGUUGGAAACCUGAUGGAGCUGAGUAGGUUCCUGGAGUCGGAGUUGUAUACGGACUCCUGGAGACCAGUUCAACUUGAGGAGUUUAUCAAGGUAGGUAGAGACGUGUACAGCGUGACCCCCCAGGAGUCCGAGCAGUUCAGGUUGAAGAGGAAGCUUGAUGUUGGAAACUAUAAUCAAGAAAUGAUCAAGAUGGAUGAAGAUUAUCUAACUAAUCUUGUUCUAGAGGUUUUCCCCGAGCACUCCUGCCUAGUGUUCUGUGAUACCAAGAAGAGGUGUGAGAAUGUUGCGGAGAUGAUUUGUAAGAUUAUUUUCCGACAACUCGAACUUGCUAACAAAGUUUGCAAUCAUAAGAGAGAAGAGAGGAAACAACUCUGCCGGUCCUUACUCCAGGACGGAGCAGGAUACAUGUGUCAGAUUCUUCGGAGGACUUUAGAGUUCGGAGUAGCGUAUCAUCAUAGUGGGUUAACUAUGGACGAGAGAAAGGUUCUAGAAGAAGGAUUCCUUUCUGGGUGUAUUGGUGUACUGUGCUGUACCAGUACACUAGCAGCAGGGGUCAACCUUCCGGCGAGACGGGUCAUCAUCAGAUCUCCAUUUAUGGGCAGGAACCAGCUCUCACAUACACAGUACAAACAGAUGACAGGACGGGCAGGUAGAGCUGGGUUGGAUACUAAAGGAGAAUCAUUUCUCAUGGUGAAACCGAACCAGGUUCAACUAGUCACAGAUGUAGUCACCUCUCCUGUAGAACAUUGUAUCUCUAGUCUUCAUAAAUCCGGAAGUUUAGGUUUAGCAACCCUGGUUCUCAACUGCAUGUAUCUGGGUUUAAUUACCACACCACAGGUCGCAAAGGAGAUUGUUGAACAAACCCUUCUCCGGAUCCAAGCAGAUAAACUAUCCGUGAACCUGGAGAAUGAGCUGACUGCUAGCUUUGAUCUACUCUUCAAUAACAAUCUAAUUACCACUGUUGAUGAAUCCCUGGCUACACAGCAAAGAAUUCAUAUGAGUACACAGAUCAAACCAACCAGGCUGGGUAGAGCUGCAAUACAGGGUAAUAUAAACCUAAGUUUAUCUGGUAAACUGUACUCUGACCUGAAGGAUGCCCGGCCUAGAUUAGCUGUAGAUACCUGUCUUCACAUUCUCUACCUACUUACACCAUACGAUCUAGCAGAGUCAAUAUAUUACACAGCUUCAGUCUAUCAUAGGGUUUAUCUCUCCCUCUCUCCUCCUGAUCUAGAAGUUGCAAGAUUUCUGGGAAUAACGGAGAAUAUUAUCGUUGGUUUAGUCACAGGGAGAGGAUUCCCUAAAGCCUUGAAACCCGUUCUAUCCAGGUUCUAUUUAUCCCUGGCUCUCCUUGAUCUCUGGAACACGGUUCCGAUCCACACGGUCGCGGAGAAAUUUAGUAUCUCCCGGGGGGAGGUUCAGAAUCUCAUGUCCUCCGCUGCCAGCUUCUCCUCCUCUGUCCUCCACUUCUGCCUUGAGAUCGAGGAGUUCUGGGCUUACCAGGAGCUCCUGGAACCCUUCACUAAACGAUUAGCUCACUGCUGUAGUCCGGAGCUACUCCCACUCCUCGACCUACCGGGAGUAAGGGCAGGACGGGCUAAACUUCUUCUCCAGGCUGGAUACUCAACCCUGGGGUGUAUAGCUAAAGCUGAACCCGGAGAUCUGGUGAGGGGGAUACCAAACCUAUCCCACAAGGCCGCUAAACUGAUUGUACAGAGUGCGAAACUCCAGCUCAUAGAGAAAGCAGAAGGAUUACAUGAUGAAGCUGAUAUAGUUCUUCUUGAAAUAGCUUAGUUUUUUUUCGGGGGGGGGGGGGGCAUAUAAUGA